UUGGCUUUUAGUUGGCCGAAUCUUCAAUUUGUUGUCUAUUCUGGAGAUUAUGAUGCCACAAAGGAGCAGAUUCUCUUGAAAGCAAAACAACGAUUUGGAAUCACUGUGGACCCGAAGAAUGUCCAUUUUGUUUUCUUACGACUUCGUCGAUUAGUGGAAGCAGACUUAUAUCCUCGUUUCACACUUUUACUGCAAACGCUGGCUGGAUUUGUUUUGGGUCUCGAAGCUUUACUCAAGCUUAAUCCUGAAGUCUUCAUUGAUAGCAUGGGAUAUGCGCUGACCCUACCCUUAUUUAGGUCAGUGGUUUUUCUCCUUGUCAUUCGUUGGACGUGUUUAUGA